AUGUCGUUUCUCAAUAAUCGUGAUAUUAGCAAAAUCUCGUUAAAAGAUAAUAAAUAUCAUAUUCCAUUCAUAUAUAAUACUGAUGAGGAUGGUUAUUACUAUGGCUGUUAUAGAGAUAGAUUCUUCGACAUUCGUGGCUGUGUCCAAGGCGAAACACCCGAAGAGCUGCUUAAACAAUGCUAUGAAUCAUUUACAUUGUGCAUGGAGGGUCAAAAGCAAGUUCCAUUUAAUGUUAAUGAUCUCGAAAAUGUGGUUAUAUUUGAUAUAAUUGAAUGUAAAACUGAGGAAGAAGAGGAUCUUGCUUCUGAUAUGGAAAAAGCAGGAAAAGGUUUUGAAGAAAUUAUUGAAGCACUUAAUCGGUAA